CGGUCUAACUGAAUGAGCGAGAGAGGGGCUGUAGUCACUCUUCUACCAGACAGCAACAGGUACAUCAGAGAGAGAGAGAAGGAAAAGGGGAAAGCAUGUGACAGCGUGAGAGAGGACAAACAGAGACCGAGACUGCAGCAAGUGGAAAGAUUUCAAGAGAGUUUUUCUUUUGGUCACCCUGCUUCUUCCCAUUGAUUCAUCUGCUAUCUGGCUGUAACCAGUUACCUGGACUUACCAGAGUGGAAGAGAGGGACAAGGAAAGAGUAACGAAGCGAGGAGACAGAGGAACUGGAGUGUCUUGAGUGGAGCCUCACAUGGUGACUUCUAAUGUCCUGGAAUAAACCGGAAGCUGAACCAUGGUCAUUCUGCAACAGGGAGACUAUGUCUGGUUGGACCUCAAGACGGGCCGGGAGUUCGUCGUUCCGGUGGGAGCCGUGGUCAAGCUCUGUGACUCGGGACAGAUCCAGGUGCUGGACGACGAGGGGAGGGAGCACUGGAUCUUGCCCCAGAAUGCCACCAACAUUAAGCCCAUGCAUCCCACUUCCAUCCACGGGGUGGAGGACAUGAUCCGCCUGGGGGACCUAAACGAGGCCGGGAUCCUGCGCAAUCUGCUCAUCCGCUACAACGAGUGUGUCAUCUAUACAAAUUGUGGGGGAAGGACUUACACAGGGUCAAUUCUGGUGGCAGUAAACCCUUACCAGCUGCUGCCCAUCUACACACCGGACCAUAUCCGCCUGUACACCAAUAAGAAGAUUGGGGAGAUGCCACCUCACAUCUUUGCCAUUGCAGACAACUGUUACUUCAACAUGCAAAGGAACAACAAGGACCAGUGCUGUAUCAUCAGUGGUGAGUCUGGGGCCGGUAAGACAGAGAGCACCAAGUUGAUCCUGCAGUUCCUGGCAGCAAUCAGUGGACAACACUCCUGGAUAGAGCAACAGGUCCUGGAGGCCAACCCCAUACUGGAAGCAUUCGGGAACGCUAAGACUAUUCGGAACGACAACUCCAGUCGCUUUGGGAAAUACAUCGACAUUCACUUUAACAAGAGAGGGGCCAUUGAGGGGGCCAAGAUAGAACAGUACCUUCUGGAGAAGUCCCGAGUCUGCAGACAGGCUGCGGAUGAGAGGAACUACCAUAUUUUCUACUGUAUGCUGAGGGGCAUGUCCCCAGAGCUGAAGAAAAAGCUUGGCCUGGGACUCGCCACUGACUACCCCUACCUCACCAUGGGGAACUGUACGAAGUGUGACAGCCGUGACGACCUGAAGGAGUACUCAAGCAUCCUGUCGGCCAUGAAGGUGCUGAUGUUCACAGAGACGGAGAACUGGGAGAUAUCCAAACUACUGGCGGCCAUCCUGCACAUGGGCAAAUUGCGCUACGAGGCCCGUUGCUAUGACAACCUGGAUGCCUGCGUGGUAGUGCGAUCUCCAGACCUGUCCACUGCCGCAUCUCUGAUGGAGGUGGACAUUAAGGACGUGAUGUCAUGUCUAACCACUCGUACCCUGAUCACCCGGGGCGAAAAUGUGUCCACCCCCCUCAGCAUGGAACAGGGCCUGGAUGUCAGGGACGCCUUCGUCAAGGGUAUCUAUGGGAGGCUGUUUGUGUGGAUUGUGGACAAGAUCAACGCGGCCAUCUUCAGACCUCCGUCCUGUGAGAGUAAGAUCAUAAGGAGGUCCAUUGGCCUGCUCGACAUCUUUGGCUUCGAGAACUUCAUUGUCAACAGCUUUGAGCAGCUGUGCAUAAACUUUGCCAAUGAGAACCUGCAGCAGUUCUUUGUGAGGCAUGUGUUCAAGCUGGAGCAGGAGGAGUACAACCUAGAGGACAUCAACUGGCAGCACAUCGAGUUCACUGACAACCAGGAUGCCCUGGACAUGAUCGGCAAUAAACCCAUGAACAUCAUAUCUCUCAUAGACGAGGAGAGCAAGUUCCCCAAGGGAACAGAGUCCACCAUGCUGUAUAAACUCAACUCCCAGCACAAACUCAACACCAACUACCACCCCCCUAAGAACACCUACGAGACCCAGUUUGGCAUCCAGCACUUUGCUGGGGUGGUCCACUACGAGACCAGAGGCUUCCUGGAGAAGAAUCGUGACAGCCUCCACACUGACAUUAUCCAGCUGGUCCACUCCUCCAAGAACAAGUUCAUCAAGCAGAUCUUCCAGGCUGACGUCACCAUGGGUAUGGAGACCAGGAAGCGAUCCCCUACUCUGAGUAGCCAGUUCAAGCUUUCUCUGGAGCUGCUGAUGAGAACCCUCAAUGUAUGUCAGCCUUUCUUUGUCCGCUGCAUCAAACCCAACGAGCUCAAGAAACCCAUGCUGUUUGACAGGGAGCUGUGUGUGCGUCAGCUGAGGUACUCUGGGAUGAUGGAGACCAUUCGUAUCAGACGCGCUGGUUACCCCAUCAGAUACACCUUCGGAGAGUUCGUAGACCGCUACCGUGUUCUCAUGCCCGGAGUCAAACCUGCCAACAGACAGGAUGACCUGAGAGGGACGUGUCAGAAGAUAGUGGAGGCUGUUCUUGGACGAGAUGACGACUGGGAGAUUGGGAAGACCAAGAUCUUUCUUAAGGACCACCAUGACAUGCAGCUGGAGAUAGACAGGGACAAGACCAUCACUGACAAGGCCAUCCUCAUCCAAAAGGCUGUUAGAGGAAUGAAGGAGAGGACUAACUUCCUGAGGAUGAGGAGGUCAGUGACACUCAUUCAGAAGAUGUGGCGCGGCUAUCGGUGCAGGAAGGACUACAGUGCGAUGAGGGUCGGCUUCCUGCGCCUACAAGCCCUCUAUAGAGCAAGAAAACUCUUUGUCACCUACCAAUUGGCCAGGACUUGCGUCACUCAAAUACAGGCCCGUUGCCGUGGUUUCAUGGUGAGGCGGUCUUUUUGGAGGCAGCUGCAUGCGGUGAUCACCAUCCAGGCAUACGCCCGGGGCAUGAUCGCACGGAGGGUUACCCAGAGACUCAGGGCAGAGCACCGGCGGCGCCAAAAGGCAGAAGGCCAGCGUCUGGUCGAGGAGGAGCGCCUGAGGAACCAGAUGACGGUGCGACGAGCGCGGGCCGAGGCCGAGAGGAGUCACAAGGAGCGCCUGGCCGAGCUGACCCGUCAGGAGGAGGAGAGGGAGAUGGAGGCACGGGAGGAGGCACGGCGAAAGAAGGAGAUGGUGGAACAGGUGGAGCGAGAGAGGCAGCAGCCGGUGGACCACUCAGACAUGGUGGACCAGAUGUUUGGCUUCCUGGGGAACACAGGGGCACUGCCCAAUUUGGAGGGACAGGGGCCGGCCGGCUUCGAGGACCUGGAAGUGGCUCUGCGGGCCGAGGAGGAGGAGGAUUUAGACGAAGCUCUCCCUCUGCCUGACGACGAGAAAGAGGACCUGUCUGAGUACAAGUUCUCCAAGUUCGCCACCAUGUACUUCCAGGGCACCACCACACACAAAUACGUGCGGCGCCCGCUCAAGCAGCCUCUGCUCUUCCAUGAGGAUGAGGGUGACCAGCUGGCAGCCCUUGCGGUAUGGAUCACGGUGCUGAGGUUCAUGGGGGACCUGCCUGAACCGAAGUACCACACCGCCAUCAGUGACGGCUCAGAGAAGAUCCCCGUCAUGACCAAGAUCUACGAGACGCUGAGCAAGAGGACCUACAAGAGAGAGCUGCAGGAGCUCCAGACUGUGGAGGGAGAGAACAGCUCGAAUGACGGUGGUGGUGGGCAAAAGAAGAACAGUGUGAGACACAAGCUGGUCUCUCUCACACUGAAGAGGAAGUCCAAGAUCACUGAGGAGGUGACCCGGCGUUUGAUGGACGGUGAUUACAGCCUACAGGGAAACAGCAUGUUGGAGGACCGGCCCACCUCCAACCUGGAGAAGCUGCACUUCAUCAUCGGCAACGGCAUCCUAAGGCCCGUCCUCAGGGAUGAGAUCUACUGUCAGAUCUGUAAGCAGCUGACCCAGAACCCAUCUAAGAGUAGCCAUGCACGUGGCUGGAUCCUGCUCUCUCUCUGCGCUGGCUGCUUCGCUCCCUCUGAGAAGUUUGUCAAAUAUUUGCGUACGUUCAUGAUCAGUGGUCCGCCAGGCUACGCUCCAUACUGCGAGGAGAGGUUGAGGAGGACCUUUGUGAACUGCACCAGGACCCAGCCACCAUCUUGGCUCGAGCUGCAGGCCACUAAGUCGAAGAAACCCAUCAUGCUGCCAGUGACCUUCAUGGAUGGCACCACUAAGACCCUGCUGACUGACUCAGCCACCACAGCCAAUGAGCUGUGUAAUUCCCUGGCCGACAAGAUCAGCCUCCAAGACCGCUUCGGUUUCUCCCUCUUCAUCGCCCUGUUUGACAAGGUAUCCUCAUUGGGCAGCGGCAGCGACCAUGUGAUGGAUGCCGUGUCGCAGUGCGAGCAGUAUGCCAAGGAGCAGGGUGCCCAGGAGAGGAAUGCUCCCUGGCGCCUUUUCUUCAGGAAGGAGAUCUUCACGCCCUGGCACAAUCCUGGCGACGACAGUGUGGCCACCAACCUCAUCUACCAGCAGACUGUCCGGGGAGUCAAGUUCGGCGAGUACCGCUGCGAGAGGGACGAGGAUCUGGCGGAGCUGGCGUCUCAGCAGUACUACGUAGAAUAUGGCUCAGAGAUCCUCCAAGAGCGCCUCCUCAACCUCAUCCCCUCCUACAUCCCUGACCGUGAAAUCAGCUCAGCCAAGACCACUGACAAGUGGGCCCAGCUAGUUGUCUCUUCCCACAAAAAGGGAGUUUACACCCAGAAGAGGUUGGACACUCAGAAGGUGAAAGAGGACGUGGUUGACUUUGCUCGUUUCAAGUGGCCUUUACUCUUCUCACGCUUCUACGAGGCCUUCAAGUUUUCAGGUCCCAGCCUGCCUAAGAAUGAUGUCAUUGUAGCAGUGAACUGGACCGGGGUCUACUUUGUGGAUGAGCAGGAGCAGGUCCUUUUGGAACUCUCUUUCCCAGAGAUCACUGCUGUGUCCAGUAGCAGAGGGGGUAAGCUCCAGGGCCAGAGUUUCUCGCUGGCCACCAUCAAAGGAGACGAGUACACGUUCACCUCAAACAAUGCAGAGGACAUCUGUGAGCUUAUUGUGACCUUUUUGGAAGGUCUCAGGAAGAGGUCAAAGUUUGUGGUGGCGCUGCUGGACUGCCCCAACCCCUCGGGCGGAGAGGACUCCACCUUCCUCAGUUUUUCCAAGGGCGACCUGAUCCUAUUGGACGAGCACUGUGGCGAGCAGGUCAUGACCUCGGGGUGGGCUCACGGGGUCAACGACAGGACCAAGCAGCGGGGGGACUUUCCGGCCGACUGCGUCUACGUCCUUCCCACCGUCACCCGGCCGCAGUAUGACAUCGUGGCUCUGGUAACUAUGACUCCAGACCAGAGAAGAGAGUCCAUCAACCUGUCCCAGACGGCCCUGGCUGAGAGUGAAGACAAGGUCAAGCCUUACACCCUAGAGGAGUUCUCCUACGACUACUUCAGACCCCCUCCUAAGAGCACUCUGAGCAGGGUGAUGAUCACUAAGGGCCGGGGGAAGGAGCGUCUGUGGUGUUGCACCAGGGAGCCCCUCAAACAGCCUCUGCUGAAGAAGGUGCUGGCCCAGGAAGAGCUCUCCCAGGAGGCUCAACUGGCCUUCGUUGCCCUGAUGAAGUAUAUGGGUGACUACCCGUCCAAGCGAGCGCGUUCGGUCAACGAGCUGACCGACCAGAUCUUUGAGGGAGCGCUGAAGGCAGAGCCACUCAAAGACGAGAUCUACUGUCAGAUCCUCAAACAGAUCACAGAGAACCACAUCAAGUACAGUGAGGAGAAGGGCUGGGAGCUGCUGUGGCUUUGUACAGGUCUGUUCCCCCCCAGUAACAUUCUGCUACCCCACGUCCAGAAGUUCCUCCAGGCUAAGAAGCACCAUCACCUCGCCCCCGACUGCAUGCAGAGACUCCAGAAGGCCUUACGUAAUGGAUCCAGGAAGUACCCGCCUCACCUGGUGGAGGUGGAGGCCAUCCAGCACAAGACCACCCAGAUCUUUCACAAAGUGUUCUUCCCCGAUAACACAGAUGAGGCUUUCAAGGUGGAGUCGAGCACCAAGGCCAAAGAGUUCUCUCUGAACAUCUCAGGCAGACUGCUGCUCAAGUCUUCUGAGGGCUUCAGCCUGUUUGUCAAGAUCACUGACAAGGUCAUCAGUGUGCCUGAGGGGGAUUUCUUCUUUGACUUUGUAAGGCAUCUGACCGACUGGAUCAAAAAAGCUAGACCCGCAAAGGACGGUAUAGUGCCUUCACUGAGCUAUCAGGUGUUCUUCAUGAAGAAACUGUGGACCAAUACCAUGCCAGGGAAAGACUCCAUGGCCGACUCCAUCUUUCACUACUACCAGGAGCUUCCCAAAUAUCUCCGUGGUUACCACAAGUGUUCCCGAGAAGAGGUUUUCCAGCUGGGAGCUCUGAUCUACAGGGUGAAGUUCGAGGAAGACAAAUCCCAGUUUCCCAACGUUCCCAAGAUGCUGAAGGAGCUGAUCCCUCAGGACCAGAUUAGACACCUCUCGCCUGAGGUCUGGAAACGGUCUAUAGUGGCGUUCUUCAACAAGCAGUCGGGGAAGACUCGAGAGGAGGCCAAGCUAUCAUUCCUCAAAGUCAUCUUCAAGUGGCCUACAUUUGGCUCGGCCUUCUUUGAAGUCAAGCAAACCACUGAUCCAAACUUCCCAGAGACCCUCUUGAUAGCAAUAAACAAACAUGGUGUCAGCCUGAUCGACCCCAAGUCAAAGGACAUCUUAAUGACUCACGCGUUCACUAAGAUCUCUAACUGGAGUAGUGGAAACACCUACUUCCACAUCACCAUCGGCAACAUGGUCCGAGGCACCAAGCUGCUGUGUGAGACCUCACUGGGCUACAAGAUGGACGACCUCCUGACCUCUUACAUCAGCCAGAUGCUGACCACCAUGACCAAACAGCGCGGUUCCCGUGGAAACAGCAAGUGAGCUGUAAAGUGAUUGAUCCCGCUGUUGACCGUAGUAGGCUUCAGGGGAUCUCAGAUCUAUUACACGUGUCUCAUUAAAACAGAGAGGGUUACAUACAACCUUUCCGCCAUAACAUGUCAAAUCAAUGACAUGCACACACACACAUACACACAUAGAUUCACUUGACUGAUUUUCUCCCAAAUAUUGUGGAUGAAAGAGAGUGGGAAGUGCAAAAGCUUGGGAAUCUCUGGUCUAUGAGUCUGUUCUACUGAUACCGCUCAUCUCAAGACUACAGGCACAAUGUUGCUACGUCGUCUGAAUGCAAUGUCUGAGACAUUGAAUGAAUAUAAUGCAUCUCCACGCACUUGUGUUAAAGAAAUGUACAUGGAUCGUUGGUUAAGGGGAUGGAGACAAGACGGCGGCGGUGUGACUAGAAUUCUCUUUUUGUAUUUUCAGUGGGAAUUGUGACGAUUGACGUUUUGGCCAUGACAAUGUUUUGGCUGAUUGUCCGAUGUUGUUUUAUAUCUUGGGUCCUGUCUUAAUUAACAAUCACCAAAUUGCCUUUACUUGACCUAUACUCAAAUGCACAAACAACAAUUAAAUUACAACUUGUUACAUGGCAACUAAUCAGGAGCUUUGUUUAUAAAAUGUCUAAGUCCAAUUUUGAGAUUACAACUAAGGCUUGUCCAUACUAUAUAUACUAUGAUCGCUAUUCUAUUUUGGUUUAGAGUUUAAUUCAACAUUUCCCUUAUUGUCAUAGGCAGGCUAAAUAGUUUCUUUCAAUAUCUAUUCAUACCUACAGUAAUCAGUGUUAUUAGUACACUUCAUGUACUGAUGAAGUACAUUUGAUGAGUACAGUCAGAUUGACCUCUGGACAUUAGCUGUCUCUAGGACUUUGCAUACAGUGUGUAUACCACAUCACUGUAAAAACCUUAUUUAAUCAUGUGACAAUAUUUAAUCAUGUGAUAUUUCUAACGAGCACAGAUUUAGCUGUUUGCCUAAUUAAUUAUUGAAGCAAAUUUUUAUUCUGUAAAUAAAUUCUGUAUCAUAUGACUCUGCUUUUUAUAAUUGUGGAGCAGUCAAUGAUUUUUAAGUGUUGAAGGUGAACUCCGGUAAAUGACAAAAUACAGUAUCAUAUACAUACAGAUAUCAACAACAGAAAUGUGUCAAGACUGCCAGUUUUGGCAUAUUAAAGUUAUGUUAGUGUUGAUGUCCGUUAGCAGGAUGCCACCCCCACAGGCAUCGCACACACUCCCGCGCUUACAUCAUAAGCCAUGAAAAACAUUUUUAGAAUAAUACUGAACAAAAAUAUUAACGCAACAUGCAACAAUUUCAAAGCUUUUCCUGAGUUACAGUUCAUACAGAAUUAGGAAAUCCGUCAAUUGAAAUGAAUUAUUAGUCCCUAAUCAAUGGAUUUCACAUGACUGGGCAGGGGUGCAUCCAUGGGUGGGUCUGGGAGGGCAUAGGCCCACCCACUGGGGAGCCAGGCCCAGCCAAUCAGAAUUAGUUUUUCCCACAAAAGGGCUUUAUUACAGACAGAAAUAAGCUUUUUGUGUGUGGUUAAUAUCUCAGAUCUUUUUAUUUCAGCUCAUGAAACAUGGGACCAACACACUACAAGUUGCAUUUGUAUUUUUGUUCAGUGUAGCUUUAAAAUUGCAAAAUUAUUUCUCAGCCUCAUGGCAAAAUGUGUAGAAUAUCAGGAAAUUAGCUCAGGGAUUGCUGACAGUCGGGACUAUCCUUGCCCAGCAGGGAAACUUAUUUUUUAAAAUAUUUGAAACCAAUUGAUUUUGUUGCAUUAUUUGAGCCAAAUUACCUAAGGAAAAUAUUUGUUUUAGAAUUUUCUAAAUACUUUCAAUACAAUGGCUCUAUGCCCUUGUACGGAGCAAAGGAUCCUAAUUUCAAAACUCCCAAAAACGAUUUACAAUUCUAAAAACAGGCAAUAAUGGAUAUUACCUGAUACAUUUUCUAAUGUAGUUUCUUGCAAUAGCCCUCUGUAAACUUUAAAGAGUAUUUCUCUCAAAACUGUGAUUACUAGAAGAGAUGUGUCCGGAGAUUUGGUGAACUCCGUCAGAUUUCCUAAAUGAUUCAGGAAUGAGCAGGGUCAACUACACCAUAAGGUCCCCUUAUUCAUGUUCUCAUUACAUGUAGUGCAAAAAAACAUGGUCUUGUUGCACUACAUGGUCUGCAAAGUUAUGUUUUUGGGAAGGAUUUUCAAAUGAAUUCUUUUCUAUAUUUUACAAAUAUUUGGAUAGAACUUUUGUUUUUAGAGGCAAAAAUAUGUCUGUUUUUAGUAUCUGUUAGUAGUCCAGUCUUUCAAGAAUCCAAAAAUCAACGACAGCAACAUUUUCUCUCAGCCUCAUGGCAAAAUGUGUAAAAUAGUUUGAGAUUAGCUAUACAAUUGCUAAUUUAUCUCUCUGCUCCAUGGCAAAAAUCCUAAAACAACAUUCAUUUUGGGUGAUGGUCAAACCUUGCGGGUGAAAAUGUGCUACGUCACUGGUCACCCCACUAUGUAUAGUGAAACAUAUUGCUUAGUCUACCUUUAAAAGUAAUCUUAGACCUAGAUUCAAUCAGAUCAAGUCUUAAUCAGCGAUAGCAGACUACCGCAUAGCAGAGAUUUUAGCGGUGUUGGAGGUGGAACUGCAUUGGAGCCAUCAAAUCGGUGAGCAACUGCUCUUGCGACCUUUGUCACGGAGUCACACCCACCCCACUCGCAUUAGAAGUUCAGACCGAGAAAGUGUAGGCUAUAUAGAAAUUAUUACGCUCCAAUGUAAAAAUCAUUAAAAUAAAAUAAUGAGGAUUUCUAUCAUCCUAAUGGAGGUGUAGAUUACAUCUCACAUUCCAGUGUUAGACGUUGUAAACAAGGCAGGCAUGGGAUUUCUGUUAAUGCGACUCCGUGCAGCCAAUGGCAAUGUCCACUUUAGGUAUGAUGCCACGAGCCGCUUGUGGAUUUGACAGUUCUAAUGCAGUUCCACCGGCAAAACAACUGCUAUGCAGAUGUGGGCUAAAGGAGAUCUGAUUGAAUAGAGCCCUCAUUUACAUUGUGUGCCGUUCUGUAUAGUGGAUAUUCAAUUAGCUCAAACUGUUCUUGUUUUGUAGAAAUUACAAAUAUUUCCUUUAAUGCCUAAUGUUCAGCACCCCAAAAGAUUAAUGAGCCUAUUUCAGUAUUAUGCCAUUUAAUAAGAAAACAAUCAAACCAACUUAAACGAAACAAAAUGUUCAGUUCAUUUUUGAUCAUGUUAACGCAAGAAGUCGCGUUCUCCCCUCUCAAUAACGACAUUGUUUAAAAUGACUUCAUAGUGAAAUAGGCUCAUACUAAAUACAAUGGCUAUCACUGCCAACUGAGUGUUUUCCUCUCAGCUUAAUUUUGGACAUUUGUUGCCGGUCUUCUAACUCUGGAUUAGCAGGGCCUCUUUAUUUUCUUACAUGACAAUUGUUAGAAACUUUGCAAAUCACACACUAUGGAACACAAAAAUGUCUAUCACAGAAUGGGAAAUGAACAAAAUGACACCAUUGAAACGUUGAGACAAAAUUACAAAUUGGCAUGUUUGAAAAUGGUCUUUUAAUAUGAUAUAACAUCCUGUUACAAUCAAGAGAGUAACUAAAACAACAUACAGCUCUUAAAUGUCGUAGUAGAACGAAGACGAUCUUACAACCAAGAGACACUACAGGUGUCGUACGUAGAUGACAAAUCAGAAUUGUACUGUAUCUAUACUGUGAUUCUUUGGCAGAACAUACUUUUCUUUUGUAGGUAUUCCUAAGGCUUUGUACGGUGGCUUUUAGAAGCUACUUUGCCCUUUCGGACCACCGUAGCUUUGUGAUGAGUUACUCAUCAAUAUGUCCUCAGUCAUAAAGGAAUCUAACAGGUUCAAUAGUAAUUAUAGAAUAAUAAUCAUUCUCUCAGCUACCAGAGCUGAAGUUGGCAUUAUUCACAUUGACUUGGCACAGUAAUGCUGAGGCAGAAUCAACUGUAGGGAGAUGUAAGAGUUCUACUAUAAUCUGGCCAAAAGGACUAAACAUUGUAUAACAUUUUUUUAGUUUUUUAUCCUUGCCAGAAGGAUUUUAAUUUGUGUUGAAAAGACAAAACAAAUUUGUUAAAAACAAUGAACUCAAUAUGGACCAUGGAAAUACACAUAGUCUACUUGUUCUCAGUAGGUCACUGUUAUGUUGUUGCAGUGAUUAUACAGUAUGUUGCAAGGUUCUCUGGGUGUCACCUCAUUACGCCGCCUAAUGCUCUAAAAGUGCUUAUAAAACAGACUACAAUCAAACACAUUAAUUUAUCUCGAGAAAUAAACAGAAUCAUUGUGUCAUAUUCAAACCUGGGUUCUAAUAGUAUUCAUUUUUCUUUGCAAUACUUUGACCAUUUGAUUGGAGUGCCAGAUUCCAGAUGGGUGGAGUUUGCACUUUUGUGACUACUUCAUUAGUUCUCUAAAUGCCAGGAAAGCUCAAUCAAGCACAGCAUAAGUAUUCGAAAGAAAACAAACACGUACUAAUUGAACUCCAGUCUGGUCAUAUGCACACAUCUUAUCGACCACUACUCUCACACAGUAAGGAAAUGGUAAAGUGUUUGUAAUUCACGUAACUCAACACUGCAGUGGCUGCUGAAAUGGAAAGGAACCCAUGGAGGGCAAAAUAAAUUGAGAAUAUCUACUG